AGGGCACGGCGCGGUGCCAGCUGGCUGCACCACCGACCCGCCGCUCCCCGCUGCAGGGCCAGCGCCGAAGGGGCGCGCAGAGAGCCGCCGACGCGCCGCCUGGACCGGAGGCGGGAGGCACCGGACGGCAGCCAAGGCGAGACCCGGCCGCCGACGCCUGGCUUUCCCCGCCCGCCCGCCCGCCCGCCACCCCUUCCGGACCGCAGAGAGACGCCAGAAGUCUCGGAGGGGAACGCGCGGCGGAUCCCAGACGGGCGCGGGAAAGGGAGAGCGCGGCCCCGGCUCCGGGAAAGGGUCGCGUCCGUCCCGGAGCUGGUCGCUCCGGCCGGGUCGACCGCGCCGUCCGGACAGCCCUGGUGGCGCGCGGCCGGCGAUCCGAAGGGGCGCCCGCCGGGGGUAAGCCGAGCCCUGCUCCGCCGACCGGGUUGAGGCCGAGCUCGGUCCGGCGGCGCCCCCCGAUGAGCGCGGCCCCGGGCCCGCCGCAGCUCUUCCCCGCCGCGGCGGCGGACCUGCCGGAGCCGGGCGAGCCGAAGGCGCUGGGGGGCGACCCGUACCUGGCGCUGGCGCAGCGCUACAGCCAGACGGCCUUCGCCGCCUACGGCGCGGGCGGCGAGGCUUUCCCCGGCGGGGCGGCCGGCCAGGAGCUGCGCGCCACCAUGCUGGGCCGGGCGUCCGAGAGCGGCGAAGAGCAGAGCGACGACGACGACGAGGAGGCCGCCUUCGAGGGCGCGCGGACGGCCAAGCGCCCGGCCGGGGGCGGCGGCGGCGGCGGGGGGGUCCCCUCCAAGCGCCCCAAGGAGCCCCGCUCGCUGCGCCUGAGCAUCAACGCCCGCGAGCGGCGCCGCAUGCACGACCUGAACGACGCCCUGGACGGCCUGCGCUCCGUCAUCCCCUACGCGCACAGCCCGUCGGUGCGGAAGCUCUCCAAGAUCGCCACGCUGCUGCUGGCCAAGAACUACAUCCUCAUGCAGGCCCAGGCCCUGGACGAGAUGCGGCGCCUCGUGGCCUACCUCAACCAGGCGCCGCCGCUCGCCGCCGCCCCCGGACCCGUCCCCCCCUUCGGGCAGGCCGCCGCCCUCUACCCCUUCACCGGCGCCGCCUUGCCCGCCUGCCCCGAGAAGUGCGCCGCCUUCGCCGGGGCCGCCCCCGGCCUUUGCAAACACUGCAGCGACAAGCCCUGAGCCCCGGGCGCGCGGCCCACGGACGGCAGCGCGCGCCGCCUUCUGGCCCCCACGGGAGGAUCUGCUCCCCUCUCCUCUCCCCCCCCAUAUGAUUAUUAUUUUGCUUUUGCACCAAUUUGGUACCCCCACAAAUUAUUUUUUGCACAAGUUACCCCCCCCCCGCCCCGCCCCGUCCCACUCUGCAUCGCCCACUGUUUGCUUUCUUGGCUGCAACUUUUCCGGUCGGGUUGCCAACCUCCCGAGGAGAGCUGGGGGAGGAGGUCUCCUGGGAUUAACCCCGAGGCUCCACACCGCAUCGAUUGGUUAUUUAAAACACUGUUGCCACUUUCCUUAAAGGAAAUGGCUAUUGGCGGGGGGGGGGGGGGGGACGGCUGCAUGGCAUUAUCCCCUCCCUGCCCCAAACCCCACUCUCCCGGGCUCCCCCCUCCAAUUUCCAGGUACUUCCAAGCCCAAAGUUGGCAACCCUCGUUUCAUUUUUUUUGCAGAUUUUUCUUUCUUUUUUAACUCUGCAAACCGUCUACAUUUUUGUUGUCUUCUUCCAGAUCUACCACGGAUUAAUUUUCCCCACCCCGUUCGCAUUCCAGUGCGUUUUAAGCCCGGCUUGGACAUGUAUUUGUAUAGAGAGAGGAGGAUAAAUUAACAGGGGGAGGUUUGGGAAAGGAAGUUUCAGUUGAGUCUCCCUUUGGAAGAAAUUGAUUUGUAGACAAGCUAUGCAAUGUUUAUGGAAUGCAGAAUUAUUUCCAGGGCCGGUUUGCCUCCGGCCUGACUCGCGAUGGAUAGAAUAGCAACCAUCCAACAUUCAGAUGUCCCACCCGGUUAUUCAUUUCAGGAGAGGCAAUGCGUAUUGUUUGUGAAAAUGCUUCUUUUUAAUUUGGGGGGGGGGGGUGUUGACCUAUGGUGAGCAGAUUCGAUUUUUGCUUUCAACAUGUCCCACUACUGUACAAAAAAAAAAAAGUUAACGGUUCCAAAUUGGACAGAGACUCUGCAGGACUUAAAUACAGAAACUGAAAUUAAAUAUUUAUGGCUUUCAUGAAUUCUUUUAAAAAAAGAAAACCCAGAAAAUUAGAUUUACAUUCAUUGCCAUUUUGCUGCAUACAGUAGAGUUUCUGCGUAUCUAGAAAUCAUCCUGUUUCUCAGUUUUGCUCAUCAUAUGAACAUACAGCUGACUUUGUAACAAGCUGAUGAAAAGAUUGCAGUGGUAAGAAAUUCGGAUAAAAUCACCUGCGUGGACUGUCUUCUGAAAGCUAUUUUUGUGCUCUCAAUUGCAAUAUUGGAAGUUGCUUUAUAACAGAGAGUAAAAUCAAGAAGUCCUGUUCUGACGUUUUUAUACCCAGGCCCUGUUCUCAAUGGGUUGCUUUCCUUAUUUAUAUUUAGCUUUAAAUUUUGGAUUUGACAUCAGUCUUUCAAUUGUUGCUCUCUCUCUCUCUCUCUCUCCCUCUCUCUCUCGUCUCUGCUUGUUUUUCAAAUUUGUUCAACAAAUUUCCAAAGUCAAUCAUGCAUCCUGGUAAACAAAGAAAUUAAAAAUUCCUUCGGAGUAUUUAUAUGUAUUUAUAAUAAAUGUUAAAAGGACAUC